AUGGUUGUUAAUUCAAAAAUAUUGCUCAAGAAAGCACAACUUUACAUUGACUGCUUUGGAUUCCCUACUGACCAUGAUGUUGCUGCUAUGAAUGCAUCCAAGCAUAAAUGGAAAGAACUUAAAUCGAGGUACAACGGUAAAGACAGCACUGCGCAUGGUCUUAGUAAGGUGCUUCCCAUAACGACAGACUGUCCGCCGGAGGCGGUGAAGCUUCUGACGCAGAUGCUUGUCUACAUGCCUACUCAACGAUUACAUGGCCCACAAUUGCUGUGCGACCCUUUCUUCAAAGAACUGUUUGACAAAAACACCAAACGACCGUCGGGGAAACCAAUAGGAUGCCUAAGCAAAGCAGACGUUAACGACGUAAUCCAUGGCGAUUCGUCUAUGACAGCAUCCAUUCAGUGA